AUGAUGAUUUAUUUGGAGUGGUCGCAACCUCCUGGGGCUCCGGUCUCUCCAUCGGCUCCAUUGUCUCCGUUGGCUCCUGGCUGUCCUGGGGCUCCAGCAGAUCCGUUGUCUCCGGCUGGUCCUUGUGGUCCUUGGGAUCCUGGGUUUCCUGGGGCUCCUGGGGAUCCGGCUGGUCCAGCUGGUCCGUCUGGUCCUGGGGCUCCUGGGGCUCCGGCUGGGCCUGGAACUUCAACGACCUUUCCUGGGGCUCCUGGAGCUCCGGCGUUUCCUGGGUGUCCGUCUUGUCCAGCUUGUCCUGGGGCUCCUGGUCCGCCGGCGUUUCCGUUGUUUCCUGGCGCUCCUGGUUGUCCAUCGGAUCCUGGAUUUCCGUUUGGUCCCUUUGGUCCGGCUGGUCCUGCUGGUCCGGCUGGUCCGGCUGGGCAAUCGAAGCAGAACUCGUGGUGUGGGGCUGGGGUGGCGGCUGGUCCGUCUGGUCCGUCGUUUCCUGGGGCUCCUGGUUGUCCAUCAGAUCCAUCCUCUCCGUCUGGUCCUGGUUGUCCUGGUGGUCCAGCAGCAGAGACUCCGCAUCCGCAGCAUCCACCUUGGUGUCCGCUGAAUGAAGAUCCCUCAACUCCGGCGCUCUCGUAUCCAGCUUGA